UAAGCCAUGGCUGUUAAGCCUUCCUUCGCUGAGAUUUUUCUAUCCCUCCAACUCAGAUGCUGCUCUGGUCAUUUGUCAAAUUUAGAUGGGAAAGGAGGAAUAAUCUGGACCACUGAAGAAAAAUUGGACUAGGAUAGCGCCAUCAGUGGUUGAAGCUCAGAUAUCAGAUGCAUACUGAGGAUGAAGGGAUAUACAUUUAUUCAGCAUAACCAUCACCAUCAGUAGAUUAUUCAGCACACCAAGAAAAGCAUUGGCUUAUGGAUUAUUCAGCAUUGCGAUAGAUCGUGCUAGUAGGCUUAGCACCACAUCAAUCUACAAAGAUACUUCCGGCUACCUGGAAAUGCACGAAAAUCAAAUAAACAGGAAACUCUGGAGUUGCAUGGCACCACGAAAAUGUGGAUUGACAUUUGAUACCGAACUGCAAUAAUCAUCACUGCUGCUGGUGUGCGCAAGGGCUGAAAACUUGCCUAGCCCAGGCAACGAUUCUCGUGUAGGAUUUUGAUGGCCUGCCUGGAUAUAAAAGCUGCCUGGCAGGUAGCAAGCAAACACGCCCGGGACGAAUGGAGAUGGGGAUAAUCAGGUUACUGUCAGGCGGAGCUCCAAGCUCCCAAGGGAUAGUAGCUUGCAGCGGUCGGGCACGGCGACGACAUCGGAAUUGGGGGGUGGGGCAGUGGCAGAUGGUCCCGAAGGAUUUUGGACGGUUUCCGACCUUACAUCGCGGCCGGAGGGCUCGGGCCAUUGCCAAUGGUAGGCGGUCGCAAGUAGAGGCGUAGCUGGCGAAGGUGGUGGCGUGGGGAUUGGGGUAGGAUGGAGGCGGGAUAAAGGGAAGGAAGAUGAGGCACGCAGUGGCCACGGCAGCGGCAUGACUGACGUCCAGAGGCAACUUCGGCGGUUCGGUUCCCGCAACAGGGUUUCAGUGAUUUUAUUUUUGGUUACGGAUGUUUACCUCGGCUGCGACGGCGAGCAGCAGCUUCUCCGCGGCGACGCCGGCGCAGGCUUUCAGUUGCAUUGGCCUAGGAGUAGGCAUUCACAGAGGAGUAGCGUGCUGCACGUUCCUAGAGCAUAGUUGAGCGAGAAGGGUGGCCGGUGCGCGACGAAUUGGAGGCCGGAGUUGGAGACCGCCGCCCAAUCAGCUAAUUGACGUGAACCUUUUUAAACGAUCUUGGCUUCCUGGAAUUAGGAACGUGGAUUUGGUAAGUAUUAUCAUCCAUCCAGAUUUUCGUCUUUGCGUCAGUACUAUUCCUGUUCACGUUCCAAGAGUGAAUUUUGUAGAUCUGCUCCUCCAAUGGCGACCUUUAGCAAGGCUAGCAGGUUGUGUGGUGCAGUGACUAUGCAACCAAAACAGCUGUGGAGUCUACUACUCUCGAGAAUCUUGCCUAAGCUGCUCGGUCUUCCUGGUAUUUUGCUGAAGAAAUUCCGAAAGGAAGGUGUGAUGGAAUUGGAUGCUGCUGCAUUGCCAGAGCUGCCACAGGAUGUGUUGAUGGACAUCUUUGGUACACUUGAGGUCCCUGACCUCAUCCGAGCAGGCUCGGUUUGCUCGUCAUGGCAUGCUACCUACAAAUGCUUGCUCGACCUGAGGCAAUACAAGCAACCCCAGACACCAUGCCUGUUCUACACUUGUGAAUCUGCCGGUAGCAACGUAGGGUUUCUAUACAGCCUCAAGGAAAAUAGGUCCUACAAGUUAACUCUACCGGAGCCACCCAUCCGCAGUAGGUUACUGAUCGGGUCCUCCAACGGUUGGUUGAUUACUGCAGAUGAGAGGUCGGAGCUGCACCUUGUGAAUCCCAUAACUGGAGAACAGGUUGCACUUCCCUCUGUGAUUACCAUAGAGCAUGUGAAGCCCAUCUUUGAUGCAUCAGGUACUAUCCGUAUGUACGAGUUGUCAUAUCAGACACCACCCGACCUGUUUGAUCUCGGUGAUCUGCGCGAUGAACUCUACUUCAAGGCAUUUGUGUUUCCCGAUCCAUCCACCACUGGAAGCUACAUCGUGGUUCUUAUCCAUGAGCCAUAUUCACGACUUUCGUUUGCACGACCGGGAGAUGACAAGUGGACCUGGGUUGGACAAGGUAGCCAAUAUAAAGACUGCACAUAUGUGGAUGGUCUUUUGUAUACAGUGAAUUACUCUGGAGAAAUUGAUGCGUUUGAUUUUACCGCGUCUCCUGUUAAAAUGACAGUAAUUAUGAAAGAGCUGAAGUAUCCUGUAUGUGAAAACAUGUACAUUAUUCAGGCUCCAUGGGGUGAUCUGCUGCAUGUUUGGAGGACUAUUGACGUUCCACCCAAUGCUCCGCCGUGGGUCCCUGGAAAAUGCAUGGUCGAAACCUUAAAAAUACAAGUGCAUAAAGUGGACUUGGAAGCAAAGCAACGAGUGGAAAUAAACAGAUUGCAGUGUGAUAGUGUUUUAUUUCUUGGCCACAACGAUUCACUUUGCCUUAGUACUCAAGUACAUCCAGAACUCAAGUCAAAUCAUGCAUAUUUCACUGACGAUUUUAAAGAAUUGACUGUUUUAUUAAAAAAUUGCAUGCGUGAUAUGGGAGUUAUGGACUUGGAAAAUAGUGUCAAGAAGGAAAUUGUCUCUCAAAUUUGGUCCAACUGGCCCUGUCCCACUUGGAUAACACCCAAUCUUAUGAAGCUGAAUCAGGCAUUCAACAGAUAGCUUUUUAGCGGUAAAGGCUCAUGAACGAGAAGGCCAGGAUGUUGUCCAUGGAGCAGAGGAAGCGGCUGCAGCUCGCCAGGCUGCUCGCCAUCGACCGACCCAUCUGGCUGCUGGACGAGCCCUCCGUCGCGCUGGACGCAGAGGGUACCAGGCUGCUUGAACACAUCAUCGCGGAGCACCGGGAGAAGGGUGGCAUCGUGUUCGUGGCCACGCAUCUGCCGAUUCAGAUUGAGGAUUCUAUGUCGCUUCGGCUUCCCCGGAGGAAGACGCUGGUUGAUCUUGUCCAUUGAUGGCUUGAUGCCAAUGUGACCAGGAAUUUAGCUGUAUAUCUUUCUAAUUCCGCCCCAGCUAUCUGUCUGAAUGCUGUCAGAGCAAUAAUUUUUUUUGCUGGUGCUGCAUUUGUCAUCCUUUUUUGACAGCAUGACAAUACAUUCUCUAUGUUGAUAAUAUGUGCAGUUGUUAUUUGUGAUCACUGUUUUGAUGCAUUGGCCCAUGUAUUUGGGAACAAUAGAAGGCAUUUGCCAUGUCUGAUAUAUGUACAGCUGUUCUUUGCGA